GCUUUGUAACAAGAACAAUAUCGUAAUCGAUGCGAUUGUUGGGAUGGGAAGAACAGCCACAUAAAAACAAAAUGACUGAGAACUAGCAACCAGCAUAGGUUCGGGCAAGUUACAGUAACAUUAAUCAUGACAAAAGGUCUAAAGCAGAACACUCAGAAACCGUCAAGCGAUUUCCCAAGUGGAUUUGAAAGACGACUCGCCUUACAAAAUGUAAGCGACAGGUUAUUUCGCCGUGCCAGUACUCUUAAUACAUUGGAAGAACUGCGUCUGGACCGGCAAGUACAACAACUUCGCUACAAUAUACAUGUACGUGAAGCACAGUAUAUUAGUGUGCAGGAGAGAUUGAAACGAAACCUAAAAGAACAAGACUUAUAUAAGAAGGCACUUGUUCGCACCGUAGCUUCACAAGACGUUCCACCUCAGUAUGGUCGCUAUAACGGAAGGUGCUUUGAAAGUCUAGCGCAAGAACGAGACAUGAUCUUAAAAGAAAUCGAACGGAAGAGGAAGCGAAAGACUGAGAAACUUCUUGCAAAAAGUCGUUUGGAAAGUGAGUCGUUGAUCGAUAGAAGUUUUUCGACAGAAUAUCUGUUAAGGAACUCAAAUAAACCUUUGUCGCAGCGCUUUAAUCAGGCUCCGUUCUCCAAGAAACUUGAGAAUGUUCAGACCAGAACGAAAGCGUUGUCUAUGUUCAAUAAACUACACAACAUAGUUAAAGAGAGGAAUGAAAUAAGGAGACUUCCAUCUACAGUCAAGAAGAAAUCAAAAGGAAUGUUUCAAACAUCAACUGACUUUUAACAACAUUUUGAAAAAUGCUAAGAAACGUUAGAGGAAUUUUGAAGCUACCAAAACGUUUUCUCUAAUUGUUUACAUUUACUCCGUUUGGUUGAAAGUCUGGAAACAAUUAAAUGGACCAUUACAAGGCAUUAUUGCAAUACAGAUAUUAUGUAUAACUAUUAUUUUCCAGGAAUUGAAAUUUGACAAUCGGAAACAAGGAACAUUAGUGUACGUAAUUCCAA